AUGAAACCAUUCCUCUCAGUGUUUCAUGCCAAAGCCCAUGAUUUUAAAGGCGAGGUUAAAUGGAGUGGAGCUUACCAGCAAGGGGCCGGAUUGACACUUGGGGAGGAGGUUGAGCAGUGUAACGCCUUCCUCUCUAGGAUUGCUGUGACCACAAAGCACAUGUCCAAAGCAGGACGUACAGACAUGCUUACACUGAUGGCCAUGCGCUGGAAUCAGCAAAAGUUUAAUAACUUGGCUGCUUCACUUGCCUGCCGAUAUCAGAAGGCCGCAAAACGCCUGGAAAGCCAACUUCAGGAUCUGGAAAGCAUGAAAAUCCAGCUGGCAGUGACACAGGUUGAAGUUGAGGGCUGGGUCACUGAUAUUAAGGAGUGGGCAGAAGCAACAACAUCCCAAAAGAAUGCCGAUCUUGACGCGGUGACCAGUAGAAUGGAGGUGCUGGUGGCCAGCAUUAAAAGAAGGUCCCAGCGCCUUUACAAAGACACCGAUGGCAGCAAAGGUCAGAAAGAAAGAAUCGUCUUUGACAUCAUUCUCUCUGACGAGACAGUUUGGCCAUGGCAACUUUCACAUGGUGACGCUGUAGAUUUGAAAAUCAAGAGGAAGGCGUUUGAUGUUGUGAUGGCAAUAAGGAGACUUGAGGAGGAGAGAAGAUUGUUCUUUCUGAGAUGGUGA